CGACCGAGAGGAUGCAGUUGACGUGUCUUUACGUGCUUCCGUGAAAGGGGGCUCCGCCGUCUUCUCUUCCAUUCUGGAAUCUGGACUGUUCGAUUCCGCGCAGAGAAGAAGACUUUGAACGCGGAGUCUGAAAGCUUCAUCAAAUCCUACAAAUCAACAUACGCAUUCAUGUACAUCCAUACUUGCAUACUUUUCAUUCAUCAGAUAUAAGAAAAAAAAACAUUUUUUUUGGUUAAAGUAAUGGGGACGCCGGCAAUACCAAAUCUGGGAGAACAGUGCUCUGUUAAUGAUUGUAAGCUCAUAGAUUUCCUUCCUUUCACGUGCGAUUGCUGCAACAAGGUUUUCUGUCUAGAACACCGGAGUUACAGUACACAUGAAUGCCCAAAUGCUAACAAAAACGACAUAACAGUUGUCAUCUGUCCACUCUGUGCAAAGGGAGUUCAUUUAGUCCCAAAUCAAGAUCCAAACAUCACAUGGGAAUCACACGUGAACACAGAUUGUGAUCCAUCAAAUUACGAAAAAGCCACCAAGAAAAAGAAAUGCCCAGUUCGUGGCUGUAAAGAAACCCUCACAUUCUCAAACACAAUCAAAUGUCGCGACUGCACCAUUGACCACUGCCUAAAACACCGGUUCGGACCCGACCACACUUGCCCUGGCCCUAAAAAACCUGAACCCACCUUCCCCAUUCUGGGGGCGGCUUCAUCUGUUAAGGCUUCUGCUGGAGCUGGAAUAGUGAAAUGGAGUAAUGAUAUUGGGCAAGUGUUUCAGGGUGGGAAAGAUGGAGAGGGUGGUUCUAGUGGUGGUGAGAGAGUGGGGCAAAUGGAGGUGUGUCCUGUGUGUAGUAUGAAGUUUUCUAGGGUUGGAGAUUUGAUAGAUCAUGUGCAGAAAGUUCAUGAGAAGAAAGAGGUGAUGAAGGUGACAUUAGAUGUGUGUCCAAAGUGUAGUAAAGGGUUUCGUGAUCCGGUUGCACUUGUGGAGCAUGUUGAAAGAGAACAUAGAGGUACUUCCAAAGCUUAG